UUCAUUUCACAAGAAACAAGAACAUCUUCGAAAGAACGUAAACCUUGGAGGAUAGAUCACAGAUCAGUCUACGACCGACCAACUUUCUUGUUGCUUUAUAUUGGAAAGAAGCUGCUACUUCUGGUUCUUUUUCAGUCAAGAGGGGAGAGCUCGUGUAUGAUGGAUUCCACAGAAGAACCUCGUGUCGUAUCAGCUAAUAGUAGCUCGAGGAGAAAAUUUGUUGGUGCUAGUGCUUCGUCUGGACAAAGCACACAACAAGUGGCUGUUGGAGGAAAUCGCAGGACUGCUCGUCAGAUUCCUGAGGAUAUUCUAAAUGACGUCGAGCUACAAGCAGCUAUCAAGCAGCUUCCUAGUAAUUAUAACUUUGAAAUUUCGAAAACUGUUUGGAGGAUUCGGCAGCUGGAGGCUAAAUGUGUUGCCCUUCAGUUUCCAGAGGGCCUUCUGAUGUUUGCAUGCACGAUCUCCGACAUUCUUGAACGAUUUACUGAUGCUGAAACGUUGGUGAUGGGCGAUGUGACGUAUGGAGCGUGUUGUGUUGAUGACUACACCGCUAGUGCGCUGGGUGCAGAUCUGCUGGUCCAUUACGGACACAGUUGCCUGGUACCGGUGGACUCGAUGCACAUGAAGAUGCUGUACGUGUUUGUGGAUGUUCAGAUCGAUACAAAGCACCUCACUGACACCGUGCAGACGCACUUCGUCGCCGGGCAGGACAGCCUGGCUCUGGUCAGCACCAUCCAGUUUGUUGCUGCACUGCAGUCAGCUGCACAGACACUGCGCUCCUUUGGUUACAAAGUGCUUGUGCCACAGAGCAAACCGUUGUCACCUGGAGAGAUCCUGGGUUGCACAUCCCCGCGUCUUAGUAAAGAAGAUGCGUCAGCAUUACUGUAUGUGGGCGACGGUCGUUUUCACUUGGAGUCCGCCAUGAUUGCCAAUCCCAAUCUGCCUGCUUAUCGGUACGACCCGUACAGCAAGGUUUUCUCCCGUGAGCACUACGACACACCGGUGAUGCAUUCCAUGCGAAGCCAGGCCAUAUCUCGUGCCGCUUCUUCACGUUGCGUUGGUCUCAUUCUGGGUACGCUGGGCCGACAGGGCAGCUGCAAGAUUCUCGACAGUCUGCGCCAGCGGAUCACGGACUCGGGACGCCAGUGUGUGACUGUACUGCUGUCGGAAAUCUUCCCCGCCAAGCUAGCUUUGUUUGACAAUGUUGAUGCUUGGGUGCAGGUUGCGUGCCCGCGCCUCUCCAUCGACUGGGGCACCGCGUUCAGCAAGCCACUGCUUACGCCGUACGAACUGAACGUGGCUAUGGGGACGGCAGAAUGGCAGUCGGUCUAUCCCAUGGACUUCUAUGCCAACGAGAGCCUGGGACCGUGGACCGUCAACAACGAAGCGUUCCGUCCUGUACGUCGUACACGUGCUGCUAAAGCACCGGUUGCAGUCGCUUCCUAGUGCGGUGGCUUGCCUUGGACUUUUGUUGUCAAAAUCUUUUAAAAACUUUCUUCAGUUGUGUUUUUAUGUGCCUCCUACCAGUUGUAGUUGCUAUUCUGCACAGGUUGCUGGCGUUACAGCAGGGCUGAAAUCACUUCUUCUUUUUUUUGGCUUUUGCUGCCUUAGCAUAAUAUUCUUGUUUGCAACAAUAGGAACCAGCGCACACCGGGUCUUGUUUCCCAAAACUUCUAGCCAAAUCUGUGGGCUGUUUAUUUUGUUAUCUUGUCAUGAAAUGUGCUGUGCGUGUGGUAGCGUACGUACAGUGAGUGGAUCUAUGUCAGCCCAGACUUUGGCCGGCAUGCACCUGUUGAGUGUUUUGGACUGCAGUCGACAAUGUGGUCCAGAGCUGAUGUGAAUUGCUGCUGGCAAGAUCUUCAAAGUUAGUCUUGAGUCAACAUAAUACUACUAAUUCCUUCUUCUUUAUUUGGAUCAGGGAGUAGUACAAUGUCGUUAUAUGGUAUGUGUGAUGUGCUGUCAUCAGCAUGUAUCAUAAUAAUAUUGUAGUAAAAUGUAAUACUAAAAUACAAUCGUACUACAUACUCCCUGAUCUGGAUGGCCCGAAUGCUGGCUGCCUGCCGAACGCCUUUCGAGAGGUCCUUGA